ACUCAGCAGAGACCAGAGCCCUGUGUGGUGCCAGCAAAGGCCAGUGACUGUAAAGAACUUGCCUGGGAGAACAUCCUGGGGUGCACACAGACCAUAGAGUGAAGGCUGCACAGGGGCUCCAUCGUGCCUGUCCCGGCAGCUGAGGAUGCAAGGGGACUACGUGCUAGGUGGGCUCUUCCCCCUGGGCUCGACUGAGGACGCAGAUCUCGGCAACAGGACACAGCCCAACACCACCAAAUGCACCAGGUUCUCGUCGCAUGGCCUGCUCUGGGCACUGGCUGUGAAGAUGGCCGUGGAGGAGAUCAACAGAGGGUCCACCCUGCUGCCCGGGCUGCGCCUGGGCUACGACCUCUUCGACACGUGCUCAGAGCCUGUGGUGGCCAUGAAGCCCAGCCUCAUGUUUAUGGCCAAGGCAGGCGGCCAUGAUGUGGCCGCCUACUGCGACUACACGCGGUACCAGCCCCGUGUGCUGGCCGUCAUCGGGCCCCACUCCUCCGAGCUCGCCUUUGUCACCGGCAAGUUCUUCGGUUUCUUCCUCAUGCCCCAGGUGAGCUACGGUGCCAGUGUGGACCUGCUGAGCAACCGGGAGACGUUCCCAUCCUUCUUCCGCACGGUGCCCAGCGACCGUGUGCAGGUGGCCGCCGUGGUAGAGCUGCUGCAGGAGCUGCAGUGGAGCUGGGUGGCUGCCUUGGGCAGCGACGACACAUACGGCCGGCAGGGCCUGCACCUGUUCUCCAGCCUGGCCGGUACGCGGGGCAUCUGCAUCGCGCACGAGGGCCUGGUGCCGCCCCACGCCCCCCACCUGCAUCCGGGCACCCUGCAGGGGCUGCUGAGCCACGUGAGCCGCACUGGCGUGCAGGUGGUGGUGCUGUUCUCCUCUGCCCAUGCCGCCCGCACCCUCUUCAGCUACAGCAUCCACUGCGGGCUCUCGCCCAAGGUGUGGGUGGCCAGCGAGGCCUGGCUGACCUCGGACCUGGUCAUGACUCUGCCCGGCAUGGCCCAGGUGGGCACUGUGCUUGGCUUCCUGCAACGGGGCACCCCGAUGCCGGCAUUCGCGUCCUACGUGCAGACCCGCCUGGCCCUGGCUGCUGACCCUGCCUUCUGCGCCUCACUGGACGCCGAGCAGCCAGGCCUGGAGGAGCACGUGCUGGGGCCGCGCUGCCCCCAGUGCGACCACAUCACGCUGGAGAACCUGUCUGCCAGUCUGCUGCACCCCCAGACCUUCGCAGCCUAUGCAGCCGUAUACGGCGUAGCCCAGGCCCUGCACAACACGCUGCUGUGCACUGCCUCGGGCUGCCCUGUGCGGGAGCCCGUGCGGCCCUGGCAGCUCCUAGAGAACAUGUACAACCUGAGCUUCCGAGCGCAUGGCCAGGCACUGCGGUUUGACACCAGUGGGAACGUGGACAUAGAUUAUGACCUGAAGCUGUGGGUGUGGCAGGACCAGACGCCUGAGCUGCGCACUGUGGGUACCUUCAAUGGCCGCCUGCAGUUGCUGCCCUCCCAGAUGUGGUGGCACACACCCAGGAACGAGAAGCCAGUGUCCCAGUGCUCACGGAGGUGCAAGAAGGGCCAGGUACGCCAUGUGAAGGGCUUCCACUCCUGUUGCUACGACUGUGUGGACUGCAAAGCAGGCAGCUACCUGCGCAACCAAGACGACCUCUUCUGCACCCAGUGUGACCAGGACAAGUGGUCCCCAGCCCGGAGCCUGCACUGCUUCCCCCGCAGACCCAGGUUCCUGGCGUGGGGGGAGCCGGCCGUGCUGCUGCUGCUCGUGCUGCUGGGCCUGACUCUGGGCCUGGUGCUGGCAGCCCUGGGGCUAUUUGUCCGGCAUCGGGACAGCCCACUGGUUCUGGCCUCGGGGGGGCUGCGGGCCUGCUUUGGCCUGGCCUGCCUGGGCCUCGUCUGCCUCAGUGUCCUCCUGUUCCCUGGCCGGCCCGGCCGUGCCAGCUGCCUGGCCCAGCAGCCACUGCUCCACCUCCCACUCACCGGCUGCCUCAGCACGCUCCUCCUGCAGGCGGCCGAGAUCUUCACGGAGUCGGAGCUGCCGCCCAGCUGGGUGGGUCAGCUGCGUGGCCACCUGCAGGGGCCCUGGGCCUGGCUGGCGAUGCUGCUCGCCAUGCUGGUGGAGGUGGCACUGUGCGCCUGGUACCUGGUGGCCUUCCCGCCGGAGGUGGUAACAGACUGGCAGGUGCUGCCCACGGAGGCGCUGAUGCACUGUCGCGUGCGCUCCUGGGUCAGCUUUGGCCUGGUGCAUGCCACCAACGUCAUGCUGGCCUCCCUCUGCUUCCUGGGCACCUUCCUGGUGCAGACCCGGCCUGGCUGCUACAAUGGCGCCCGCGGCCUCACCUUUGCCAUGCUGGCCUACUUCGUCACCUGGGUCUCCUUUGUGCCCCUCUUUGCCAACGUGCAUGUGGCUUACCAGCCCGCUGUGCAGAUGGGUGCCAGCCUCCUCUGUGCCCUGGGAAUCCUGGUCACCUUCCACCUGCCCAGGUGCUACCUGCUGCUGUGGCGGCCAGAAUGCAACACCCCCGAGUUCUUCCUGGGAGGGGGUCCUGGCGGUGCCAGAGAGCGGGGUGGCAGCAGGGAUGAAGAGGAGACUCAGAGCAAAAACGAGUGACCCUUGACCUGGCGACCUGACCGAGUGAACCCAGACCUAAUGGAGAUGACCCCAAACCAAGUCCCUAUGCAGUGACCUACAGACUGCACCCAACUCUGCUGAGAUUCCCACCUGUAGAUUCUGAUCCCAGGCUGUUUGCUGACCUUGACCUGACAACGACCCCAGGCAUGCAGUGUGCACGUGGGGCUCAGCCCUGAGACCUCACCAUCUGGGGCCCCACAGUCAGGCUGUCCUUGUCCAAGGCAAGACCUGCCCAGGAGCCGCAGCUGGAAAAAGUCCUCUAGAGGGCUGCCCUGCAGCCCAUACCAAGCUCACGCAAAGCCCCCAGCCAGGCCACUUGAAGGCCAAGCUAGGUGUCACUCACCUGGCUGGGCUAUGCCUGGGUUCCCCCACCCAACACCCCUCCCAUCAUCACUGGAGUGGGGGGCUGGUCAGUGGGCUAUAGCUGCCCUGACCAUGGGCCCCAGUGCAGGGCAGAGGCCUGCUGAGGCGGAAUGGGGCACCCAGCCUCCUCCAUCCCUGAGCGAGUAGAACGGGGUCAGCCCACCGCCAGCACCGCGGACAGAGCCCAGGCAGGGUGGGGGGAUCAGUACCAAGGCCAGCGCCAGCCGCCAGGACCCCUGGAGCCAGGAGCCAGCACCACGGACAGAAGACUUCCCGCCAGGUCCUUGCAGGCGGCCUGCACAGCGCGUUAGAGCCUUGUCGCU